GCUCUUGGGUCUGAAGGGCGACGUGUUCCCCAAAUCAAAUAUAUAAUAGAAAGACGACUCUGCAAUUGUCAAGUGUCGCAGCCGUGUACUCGUUUUCUCUCUUUUGUUCUCUACACCAAAGCGUGUGUGUUUGUGUGUAUGUUUGUGCGGUUUCAUUAGCUGCCAACACAUUGCAACGUAACGAGAGCCCACACCUCAGCACUUACGACCGUGAAACAAACAAACAAACAAAAAAACUGUUUACAGUGGGCGUUUCUUCUCACCAAACUGUAUUGCACAGUGGAGGUAGCACUCUUUAAUUGUUCUGUUUCUUUGUCUUCUUUCACAGCUUCGCUGUUUGUAUGUAUCUGUUUGGCAGCACUGUACAAAUAUAUAUUUGUUGUGUGAGGUUAGGAAAAGACACGAACACAUAGACUGCCACAUAUUUUUUUGAAAAAGAAGAUCUUUUCGUUUUCUCUGUUUUUGCAUGAGUUCUCUGCUUACACGUGUGCUGUGGAAAAGCUGGGUUUGCCGUCUUCAGAGGAAAGGAAACCAAAGAAAGCGAAAAACCAAUCAAGAAUGAAGCAGCGCGGGGUGCAAGUGGCCUUCUGAAUUGCGUUUUCGUUCUCAAGUCUGCUUCGUCUUUUUUUUUUCCCCCUCUGCUGCCUCGAAUUUAACUUCCUUCCUUCUGCUGUGGUUUUGCUACCGUUUCGGGUUCGCAGAAGCGCCUGGUGGAGGUUUUUUGAAGAGCACGAGCGCAAGUUUUUUUUUCUCUUUUCUUUUUUUAAACCACUUUAAAGACAACAACAACAACUUACUUCUGUUGCGCUGUACGUUCUCUUUGGCUUUUUCCCUCCCCUUUUUGAAAUUGCGGAAUAAAGAAGACGUCGUUGAUUUGCUGUUUUGUUUUUCCUUUUUCUGCUUUCCCUUAAACACAUGAGUACACCCACACCCACAUUCACAUACACACAUACCUUUUUCUUCUCUUGCGUGCUUGACUGCGCUGCAGUGACUUUUCUUUUUCUUCUGGCUGAUUUAGUUUGCUGAUUGAAGAAGUAGUUUUUCUCUUUUUUUUCGUGCUCUAACGUAAAUAGCGAUUUGCUUCGACGAGGCGCUUUCAACCCGCCAUCAAACACACGGACAAAAGAGUAGCGUUGACUGUUGCUGCCCUCACAAGCAGCAUGUUUGAUUUCUGGGUGAAUGUCUUCACAGGGCACCGUGCGAGUGAUGACCGUACCACCUCCAGCAGCAGCGUUGCAGCCGCCGCCGCGGAGGUGUCUCCCGCUGCGCAACGAAAAGAGGAAGAGCAACGUCAGCGUCUUCUGGCCGAGCGCCGCCGGGCGUACUCGGAGUUUGUGAAGAGUGCCGCUCUAGGGAAGGUGCUUGCAGCGCGACUGCCUCGAGCGCACGACAUUCUAGCGUACACCGGAGAUGCCCCCUCCGCGUUCGAGAACAAAUACGCCGACCAAGCGGCAGACGCAGUCCAGGACGAGGGUUCUUCGCCUGGCGGCAACCAACUUACGUCGUCGAACCGCGACGCAACGGAGGCAGCGGCGAACUCAACACUGGAGAGAGGAUUGUACGCGGCGCUGACGCCUCUGUUGUCGCGUGGCACAACCGUUGUGACGGCGCGAGUUUUGGAGCUUGUCGGUCACCCAGAGGCAUCUUCAGCGAAGGUAGGCAUCCACGACGACAAGGCGGCUUUUGACGCGCAGAAGGAGUCCAUCGCUGAUUCAGUUGCCCAGGGCCGCCUGCCCUUUCUUUUUGUGUCACUGCUGCUUCGGCGCUGGCAGGUGUGCCUGCUAGCACUUACCGCAGACACUUCCAGUAAUAUGCUUUCUGCGCCAACGCUCAACACGCUGCGGACCUUUAGUUGUGUGUUGGCGUCGUUUGUCGCCCUCACGGAGGUGCACACGGAGGAUGUGCGAGCGCACUUGGAGGAUUUGCAGGUCCCUGCCACGCAGUGUAUCGAGGAGUCGCUGCGAUGUCUGCACUUUCUAAGUCAUCCCUGCACCUCUUCCGCUUCCUACGCACCCAAAGACGCCACUGCAGCUGCUGCUGCUGCUGCGACGUCCGAGCAGCCCGACGCCGAUGCCUCCACCGUGGUGCAAAACGGCACGACGUCACCUUUCUUCACGCAAGACAGCAGCGCGGCGACGGAAGCAGUGCAGGUGCAGGUGUGGCGUCUCCUUUCGCUGCUGUUGUACUGGCUGCACAUGGUGCACGGUGCCCCUGUGGCACACCUCAACGUGGUGACCGUUUUCCUCUCGACCUCUGCGACUGCGCUAGGUUCGGAAAGUAGCCUCGCGUCGCGGAUAGAGAAGAGCGACGACGACGGUGGCCCCACAACCGGUGCGAAUGACACUGAGACACGUUCGUCGUGUUCUACGCUGGACGAGGUGCAUCGCUGCACAGGGCUGAACAAUGCGGCGUUGCUGUGCCAGACGUACGUUCUUCCUACCGGCGCUGCGUCGACUGCACCCGAGACGUGGCGGCUGUCUGCCUCGGCAGGAGACGGCGCACGGCCGUCACGUGCGGCCGCCAGCCCCAAAUCCUCCUUCCCCCGCGCUCUCAUGGCGUCUACAAAAGUGCGGGAGUUGCUGCUCUCGCUGCUGCUGACUGCGUCGAAAGGUGUUGUGUCAAACGUAGUGUACAGCUCCUUCGACUACGUGGGACUCUUCAAGCCGUUCUCCACUAUUGAGGUGGAUGACGACCUCGGGUUUGUGGUGGUGCAAGCGUGCCGACUGUUGAAUUACGCAUUUGUUUCGUGCACCGGCACCUCGUCUGCGGGAGCAUCGCCCACGGCAGAGCAGGUGCGCGCCGCGGUGAGUCCGCUGUUGGGGGCUCUCAGCAUACUCCUCGCCCGCUUCAUUGCGGAGGAGAACGUUCAGGACGCCGGCACGGUGGCGGGCGACGCCGCGGGAAGCGAGUUGUACAGCGCAGACGCGGCACAACCUGUAGACCCAGCGGCAGCCCUUCUCGUCUCGGCAGCAACACCGCAAUCGAAGAGCAGUGCAAACCGAGUCGCACGGCGUCGCGGUGCGCGCGACUUGCCAAGGGUUCAGUACCCGUGCCACGUUCGACUUCUCGGCCAGCUUGGGUGCGGCAUUCUGCUGCUGACGACGCUCUUUCAGCAAAGCUCGCAGACGGUGCUGGACACCAUGGAUCACUCGUUCUUUUUCGAUGCUCUCGUAACGGCGCUGCAGGCGGCGGGGAAGCGUUUUGCCGAGCCGUCGAUGACCUCCUCCGCAGACGCGCCGGGUGGAGAGGAGCAGAAUGAGGAAGCCGUACAGGCGUGGUCGAGCUGGAUCCAGGCCGUAGAUGUACUAUCCAAAAAAGGAGCCGUGCCGUGCCGAUACAAUGAUCUCGCGCAUUUAGACACGUUGUUGAGUGCCGCACUGCUGCAGCCUGUUGACCUCCACCUGGCGGCGCUGUCGGACGACCCAAUUGUCGACGAGUUUCUGCACGCCUAUUUGGGCCUUCUGGCGGCGAGUCGUCGUCUGCGCGUGGACCUGAUGCACACCCUCACCUCGCGCGGGGCGCUUCUCAACAACAACAGCCUGUCCUUGAACCAGGGUCUGCGGUUGGAAGUGCGAUCGCUGGACACGUUGGAUCAGCUGGAGCAGACGCUGGUGAAGACGUUUUUGACGGCCUACGACGCGGUGGACGCCAUUCCUGACGUCGUAUCAGACACCAACAUGGACUCCGUGGUUUUUGCCGGAGGUGCAACGCGGUCUUGGAGCUGCACGAGAAAGGAAGAGGAAGAAGUGGUGAAGGAGAAGAAGCAGCAGAUCGCCGAGGCGGCCAAGGCGUCACCGUUCCCCUCCACGUCGUGCCUGUACAACCUUUUGCUGAAGCACGCCCUGUGGUGCCUGCGCAUGUCUCGCAAGUAUCACCAUGAUUCGCAGCCGCAGGCGUUGUUGCUCCCUCCGCUUGCUAACGCGCUCUCCUCCGCCACGGUGGCAGGAACGUGGAAGCAUUCCAUUUUAACCAAUCCGGUCCCUACGCCUUCCGUCGUUUCCCCGCCGCCGCUGCUGACGCCACCGCUCGCGCCGUCACGCCCCUUUACCUCUCCUGCGUAUCCGGCCGCCGUCGACCUUGCGGGGCAGGGCGACGACCCCUUUCUUUUGUUUCUCGUUCACCAUGGCCUCUUUCGAAUUCUUUUGCACGAUGAUCACUACACCUCUGCCUUCAUGGUCAACCUGCCGCGACGAAACGCACACCGAGAGGCGGCGAAAGAUGGCGUUGACAAGACGGAACCACAAGCACCGUUGGCGCACGAGGAGUCUCCGACGUGGCAGCGUUCCUUUGCGACCCUUCUCUUAGUUGCGCAUUGCUUGCAGCUGCAUCCGUCCACCGCGGCGGAAACAAGCGCAGCGCUUUCAUCUCCAGAGAUGUGCGACCCCUCGAGCAACAUCACCCCGUCCGCUUUGUAUCCGACGUCCCCAGUAGCGGUGGCGCAGGGUGGCGCGGCUGGGCGCCUGACGCCCGGCGAGGAGCUGCUGGCGUACGAAGCGGUGGAGGCUCUGAUGAUGGUGUUGCGCCCAUCCUCUUCCGCGUUUUCGUCUUCGCCACCACCGCCACCCGUGGGCGGACCGAGCGGCGCUGCUGCUGGUGCGGCUCAUGCGGUCCAACGCACGGCAGUGGCAACGACGAAGCCCCGCUACGGUGCGCCGUGGCGCAACUGCCUUCUGGCGCUGUUGACCGCUGCGCUGGGCUCACCAUCGGAACCAAACAAGCCCAACCGUGACCCAAUCGGCGGUCACGUUUCACAGGAGGACGCAGUGGACACGCCGUUGACAUCGGUGGCUGCGCCUGUCGUGAGCGAGGAGCUCGUGCGCUGUGGUAGCAUCGAGUACCUCCUGCAGGCUUCCAUCACUUCCGCCGCCGCCGCCUCCACACCGCUCGCCCAAGACGUUUCGUUCCGGUGGACGAUGUGUGUUUUACAGUGCCUCGUCGCCGACCCAAAGGCGCGUGUGCACAUGGCGGCCAUGUGUGCGAAGCCGCUGCUGCUGGGUGCUCUGUGGAAUCCGCUGCUGCGCCGCGGUGGGCAAGAGCUCUUGACGUCGCUGCUGUGCCAGCCCCUCGCCACCUCUUAUUCCACUGCGGAUGUGCCCUUGAUCGAUCCUCGCGAGGCAUCCACCAUGACGUUUGGGACCGCCAACGACGUAAGUGUGAGCAGCAGCACCGCCACCGCCGCCUCGGACGCGGGCACACUAGCUGCGGUGGUGGCGCACACCGUACCGCGACACUGCCGGAAACUGUGCGAGUCCUUGUGGUCAGUGCUGAACGAGUGCGUGAACGGCCCUUUGCCGGUGAGCAACGCCAGUGCCGAAGCGUACGGUGGGGUGAUGGCGGAGUGUGCGUUUCCUUCCGCGUCCACCGCCAGCGAUGAGGAGCGCGACAGUGUGCUGCAAUGCGUUCUCUCGUCUUUGGCGGAUGCGUUUCACAUACUCGGCAACGACAACGGGCACAGUCUCGGCAGCGCAGAGGAGCUGCUGCCGCUGCGCACACUGCAGAGAGGCAUCUUCGAGGCGAGCAGAGAGGGCACCAUGCACCUCUACGCCCUGCUGCUGCACCGUCUCGCCCAGCUGUGGCGGUCGAACACGUCGUCGCCGACGAGCUCAUCGUUGCCCACCUCAUUUUCCCUCCCGCCAGCGGACGCAACCGGCGCCGUGUGCAUGUUGUUCUCCGCGGACGAGCCGCUGCUCCCGGCCAAAGCUGGCUCGUCGCCUCCGACCACGACGACUGCUGUGCCGUUCACCACCAGCCGUGCCUCCCGCGAGAGUGUCGUUUUAAUCGUAAAGGUGCUGAUGGGACUCACCAGGGCGAACCCGACGCUGCGCGAGGUGCUGUACCGCAAUACCAUGGACGAGGAAGCGCUCGUGGACUGCGUUGCGAACGCGUGGACGGCGACGGCGCACCGCGCGGCGUGCAGCUCGUCAAGACGCAGCAACGGCUCGACCAGGAGCGACGACGCGACAUCAGAUGAGUGCGAGUUGGUCCGUCUCUGUUCUUACUUGGUCUACGAGUCCAUCGAAGCCGUGGAUGCGUUUGUGGACGUCAAAAGUCCCAGCGCAGUUGACAACAUUCUUCGUCCGCAGCAACAGCAUCAGCAACAAACGACACAUCGUAUGCAUCGCUGUGUCUGGUCUCUACAGAACCCGUCAUUGCUGGCGGCCUUGCUGAAGCGCUUCCCACGCACGUCGCUGACGGCUGCCCAGCAGUGCGCUCUCCGCCAAAUUUUGCGCACCUUGACCUCCACGGUGGCGUCGUGCCAGACGAGUCUCUACCUCGCUGCCAGCACGAGUCUGCACGAGGUGCUAGGCCAGCUGCUGCCUGUCGUGGCCCUGUUGCCCCCAAAUCCGAGCCGCGCACGGUCGGAUCACUCUACUUCCCCCUCCGUCUCCGCCACGUACGCCGCGGCUGCCACCACAUCCUCGUCCCGGUUAGAUGCAAUGCUGGUACACUUGCUCGUCAUGUUGGCACGGUGCCACAUCGACGUUCGACAACUGAAGCAAGUUCUGAUGCUUGUCAUUCACUCGAAGGAGUUGCGUGAGCGGAAGGCGCUGGUGCCCUUGGUCGUGCAACUGCUGAGCGCGGCUGUCCAGCCAGUGCCGCACGCGCCGCUACGUGAGGGGCUCCAUCGCCCCCCGCAGCACUUUAUGACUCUCCAUCGUGGCUGCGGUCCCGCAGGCUUUCGCGCUGCCUUGCCAGAGUUCCCGCUGGAGGGCUACUCGGUCUCCCUGUUCCUGCGCUGGGAAGGCGAACUCGGCACGGUGGCGGAGGGGGAGGCGGGAGACACGACGGGCAUCCCCGUCGCCCCCGGUCUCGACACCUUAGUGCCACCGGUCAGCGAGGCCACACACAGUAGCACCGACGGCUGCGCCUGCAUCUUUUCACUGCGCACGGCGGACCGCAUUACCGUGCUCGCGCUCAUGGUGGAAACGUACACGCGUCGGCUCUUUGUGCAGUACCGCAACCUGCAGCAGCAGGAAGUGCGCGUUGAUGUCACGACGGUGCUGCCGUCGCGUGCCUGGUCGCAAGUAGUUUUCUCUCAUCGUCCUGCUGCCUUCUUGUCUACGGCGGCCGGUGGCCAGAUGCACAUCGCCGUGAACGACAAGAGCGCCGUCACGGUGCCGCAGGUCGCCUACCCGCUCAUGUCCCGGGGACACCUCUACGUUGGCUGCUUGGGACACGAGGUGGAUCGACUCUGCGUGGCGCACGCCUUCUACGGGCAGGUGUCCACCGUGUACUUUUUCCCUUUUGUGCUGCAGGAGCGGGAGCGGGAAAUACUGCAGGGCGUCGCGCGGGGGGCGGGGGGUGGGACGUGGAUGGCGACGUCGGCGGCUACGUCUACCCCACCGCUGCGUCCCACGGCAACUACGGCGACUGGCAGCCGGUGGCCCGGUGCAGGGGCACUUGGCGGGGGUGGUGCUGGCGCAGAGGCACGGACGGAGCAGUGGCUCGUGGACCGGGCUACGCUGCGCGUCGACACGCGUCUGAGCGACCGCGGACACCUGUACAACCUCGCCGCCGUCCUGCGUGGUCGGGCGGGGCGUGACAGCCGCCUCUUCACCUAUGAAGGCACACUCGUCUGCAGCACGCAGCGAGUGAUGGACUCGAUGGGGCUGCUCGGUGCGCUGCCCAGUGUGGUGAUGCCUCUCUGCACGCUGUUGGUGAAUCCGACGUUGCCCAUCUCCUUCCGCGGGCUUGUUGCCGUCGCGCAGAACAGCCGCGAGCCCCUCGCGCUGCCGUCGUGGGCGAUGGUGCCGUCGGUGCACACCGGCGAUGCCUACGACCCGAGCACGGUGGACGCCGCCAACGCGGCGAUACUGUGGGCGCUGGAGCUGAUCCCGGCAUUGGCGUCAAGUGAGGCGAUCCGCAACGAAAUGGGCGACUCUGGCCUCUUUGUCUUUCUCGGGCAGAUUUUGCAACUGCUCGGCUCCUCUUUGCAGGUGGUUGUCCCGCCGGCUUUAAUACAGCUGCUGGAGGUGCUGGCCCCGUUUCCGCGGUUAUUUGAGGACGCCUUGACGAAUUUGUUUCUCUCCUCCGAGGUGAUGCAUUCCGCUCCGCGUGCGGUGCAGCUGGCGUGGGUGCGUGUGCAGCGUUUCUUUCUGCAGGCACACCCCGAUGCCCUGUCGUGUUUACGGUCGCUGGGCACGUCCAUGUUUGUCGCGGCGGAGGUGCUGCGCAUGACGUCCGAGGAGGACAGCGUCGGGGCGGCAAAGCCAAACGCAACAACGGUAGCACAGCCGUCAUCGUUGCCGACAACCGAGGCGUCGUGCACGCUGCGUGAUCUCGAAGAUCAGUGGAUGUCGUACUUUGAGGCGCUCACAGCGCCGCCCGUCACAAUCAGUGAGGCGCAGUCGCUGCAGUACCUCGUCGAAAACCUCCGCUGGUCUUGCUCGAGCGAAUCGGUUCAGCUGCGCAUCUUACGUCGCGUGCGCCACCUCGUUGCCUCGUCUACCUCGCCGUUCUUUGUACAGCUGCUCGGACGGAGGAACUACGCCGUCACGCUUCUUCCGUACAUCAAAGACGCCCCCAGCGAGGCGGUGCGGAUGGAGGCUCUUUUGCAGUUUUUAUGCAUGGUGUUUCGCUCGAAGCGCACGCAGGAGCUGAUGAAUCCGGUGCUGCUGGCCAGCCGGGAAACCGUGGUGCACGUCGCGGAGGAGGUGUCGCUGGCGUGGUUGAGCGAUGUACUGCGGCCCUUUCCUGUCAACUUGUCGGUGUAUUUGGCGUUGCGUUGCGGUUUGGUGGGUCAGUUCGACGUAGCGGAGCUGCCGACGUCGUACGCGCCGCUGGAUGAGUCGCAGACGCUCAAGCUCGCCGCGGUGCUCUUGCCGCUGCUUAUGCUGUUAAAGCGAAGCCCAGACGCGAAGUUGAAGGCAUUCGUCUUGACAGACCUGGCCGUGCUGCUGAAGAGCGAUGCACAGGCGUGGCGGCGGGUGAUUACCGUGCGAGGGUGGUACGUGUCGCUUGCCAGCUUGUUUGUGUCGUCCUGCGGUACCUCUCCUACGGCGGCAGCGGCAGCUGCAGCAACGGUGACGUCACCUGCGGCCUUGUCUCCAGAUAAAGCGGGUGCUUCGACCGCAAGUUACGCACCGGAGAUCUGCAAUGACGUUCCUGCGCCGCUGCGGAGUUCCGGUCUACUGUUCACGACGACGUCCAUGAUCCUGUCGCACACACUCUUCCAAGCAUUGCUGCAUGAGUCGUACGGCGCCACCGAGGUUGCCUUGGUAGCCGCGUAUUUGCGGGAACAGCGACUGCACCGGUUACUGAAUCAAGUUUUCUGCAACAUCGCCGAUCGCUACCGUAGCCGCCUGCUGGCUCAGCAGAACGAUCGCAGGAAGUUGAGUACUGUUCCCAGCGGCAGCAGCGUCGGCGGUCUGGAGGAAGCAGGCGAGGCGUCCACUGCGCUCUCUGCGCGUGUCGUAGGCGGCGAUGGCCGCGUCAAUCCACCGACCGCGACGGCCACUGCGGCGUCUUUCAUCGGACUUGGCACCCCCAUCGCCCUCUUGAACAUGUGUUACUUCUUUCGCGUGGUGGAGGUGGUCCUCUUCUACGCCGCGACGUUCCUCAAACGCGAGACGCCCGCCGCCACACCGACGCCCUCCCCCAGCGCGACUGCAUCAUCAGGUGCCGUGACAACGCAGUCAUCGUCUUCGUCAUUUCUGUUGACGCUGUCCUUGGGAAGCAGCUACACGGAGUGGGAGGAACUCACGCUACUCCCAGCGGAGGCGAUGGGCCCAGCGGAGGGCCACGGCGGUGUUCUAGACGCACCUACAGCAAAGGCGACACGUGCAGAUGGCGACGUCUACUGCGCCGGCGACGACGACGACCCGCAAGGGAACGUGCGACGGGCCAUUCUCUUCCAUCCCGACGGACGCUGGCUGCAUCUCCCGCUGGCGAUGAAAUGUGCGGAGUUGCUCUGCAGUCACAGUGCGCUACUCCACCUUGGCAGCAACGGCAACGCGACGAGCAUCAACGUCGUCGGCGGCGGUUCGGUGGUGGGCGCCGUGACCAGCACGGGCGGCCCUGGGGACGCGCUGCUGGCCGCCGUGAUGAGUGCCGCCUCGGGCAACAGCGGCGUGAUGGGCAAUGCCAACCUCGGCCAGGUUGGUCCAGCCGUGGUGAAGGGUGGCAUGCUGCGGCUGUUUGGCCGUCUCUUCCAGAUGAUAUGCCGCAUGACGCUGCGCUCUGCCACCGCGCUGGACAGCAUCAUCAACCUCGUAGACGGCUUUAUUCAGCACGUCGAUCGGGGGCAGCGAGGCGGCGGGUUCCUGCUUCUGAAACGGUCCGUAAACGCGGAUGAGGCGCAUGAGCACUCGCCGAUUGCGGUGAGCAUGACGAUUCUGUACAACAUUCAUGAGCUGCUUCUGCGUCGUCUGCGUGCCGGGGAGUGCGGCGGCAGCGCCACUUACCCCAACGCGAACGCCGCUCUCGUGGACCGUAUGAAGUCCGUCGUGGAGAUUUUCCGCCACUCCUUCGAGCAGCUGCCGGUGUUUGUCGCAGCGAGCGCGUCGGAAGCGGCGAGCCAGGCUGCCUCGCAGAUCUCUUCCCCCCGCCACCGCAGUGAGUUGGGUGGAGCGGCCGGAGGGGGAGGAAAGGGUCCGUCGUCGCUUCGCAACAUGACCGGCGAGGUCUACACGACCGGCGUGCCGACGCUGCAGUGGCUGUGCGACCACCAAGCCAAUCCGUGCCGCACGGUGGAGGCGUUUGUCGAGGUGGCCUCACGGGCCGACUACAACGCCUUUCUGGAGCGCUGCCUGAUCGCGGUGGAGCGGGAGCAGUUGACAGACAAGGCCCUUGCGAACGAUGUGAUUCCGGAGCAGCGUUGGAUGCUGCGUCGCUUGCAGGACCUUUUCUGCGAGAACAGCCUCUCCAAACGUCUUGUGCACGACAGUAUGGAGGCCGUCAUGGAGUCGUCGAGGUGUGCGCGGAAGGACAACGGAGACGGAGAGCGCACCAAGGACGGCGGAAACGGUGGCUUGUCCGCAGCGGACGACUCCGCCGACACCUCGUUCACCAGCUUCUUUCUCCCCUCGGCCGCCCGGAAGGUGACGGCGGCGGCGCGGGCGGCCAUGUGGGCCCACUUCACCACAGCCCUGCGAGGCACGGUGUGGAACUUGGAAGCAGCCGGCCCUCAGCAGCAGCAGCAACAGAGUUCCGCAGCCACGACAAAGUAUGUGAAGCUGUCCUCGCAGGAGCAGCAGCCCUUGGUGCACCGGAAGCUGGUCUUUGACCGGGAAGGCACCAACUACAGUGGGGUGUCGAUGGCGUCCUACUCGUCACCGCCGUCGCCAGCGAGCGAAAACGUGUCCACGAGCCACCCGGUGAGUCUUGGUACAGACGGCGUCCUACUCGUCGGCGACGUGGCGAUGAAGACUGACACCAGCUUCAGCGACAACGGCAGUAUGAGUCACGUGUCGCGGUUGCGGCGGCGGGGCGGUGAGGCGGUGCUGCUGCAGGUGCCCGAGGACGAAGAUGCCGCGGCGGAGGAGGAUUUGCUGCGGCUGAGUGCAGAGGAGGAGAUGCGGUCCUUGACGGCGGCCUCGCUGAACGACUUCCCCAACCGCGACACCACAGGGCUGGAUCAGCUGCGCCGGAGCCCGUCCUCCGCCACUGCGCCGCACAACUUGUCCGUCCAGUCUGUGCUUUCGGUGGCCUGCGAGGUGCCCUACAUGAUGCACUGCUGGAGCGCCAGCUUCACCGUUCGCGGCUCUGAGGUUUUCGUGGUCAUCGAUGACGAGAAUCACGCGUACAACCAGGUGGUCAGCGAGGGCGCCAGUCCCUACCUUCUACGGCCGCGCACCUUCAGUUUUCACUUGAGCAACGUAACCCAAAUCGCGCCAGGUCGGCGCUUCCGGAUGCGACGCACCGCACUGGAGGUGUGGACCCGCGACCGGCGUAGCUACUUUAUCAACUUCGCCGACACGGCCACGAUGAACGCGGCGUUGCAGGCCCUGCGCACCGGCGGUGCUCCGCGGUACCCCUUCACGACGUCGUCGUUGCUGCACAACACGACCGGCGCGGUAGUGACGACACUGCCGUCGCUGAUCCACCACGCCGCUGGCGGGGGCAGUCGAGGCACGGCCUACGUGCUGCAGGAGAACCCGCGUCGUGAACCGAUGCGGCUGCGCGCGAUGGCGCUGUGGCGCAACCGCCUGCUCUCCAACUUCGACUACCUCCUCGUGCUGAACGUGCUGGCUGGUCGCACGUUGAACGAUAUAACGCAGUACCCCGUCUUCCCCUGGAUCUUGUCGGACUACACGAGCAACGAGUUAGACAUGGCAAACCCGGCGACGUUCCGUGACCUGUCGCUGCCGAUGGGUGCGUGCGGCAGCGAGGACCGGCGGGCGAUGGUGCGCGAGCGCUACACGGAGAUGAAGGACCUCGGCGAUGUGCCGUCUCAUUACUUUUCUCACUACAGCUCCCCCGCCGUCACGCUGUACUUUCUCAUUCGCCUGCCGCCCUACACGACGCUCUCCAUCCUUUUGCAGGGCGGCCACUUCGACCAUGCGGACCGCAUGUUCCACUCCGUGCAGUCAAGUUUCAAGGCGGUGACCACGAGCACGCAAGACGUGCGGGAGUUGAUUCCCGAGCUGUUCUACCUCCCCGAGCUCUGCGUCAACGCCAACAGGGUCGAUUUUGGACGCCGGCAGAACCGAACAUCGAUGGACGAUCUACAGCUUCCACCUUGGGCCCACAACGACCCUUACACGUUCAUCUACCACAUGCGCGAAGCCCUCGAGAGUCCGUAUGUGUCUGCCCAUCUGCACGAGUGGAUCAAUCUCAUUUUCGGCUACAAGCAGCGCGGCAAGGAGGCCAUCGACGCGCUGAACGUCUUCAACUGGCACUCCUACGAGGAGCUCGAUGGAAACCGCGACGCGGGCAGCGUCGACCACCAACUGCUCAUCGACUCCCUCGACAACAUUGGCCAGACACCGAUUCAGCUCUUUCGUCAGCCGCACCUGCCGCGUCCCGCGCUGGAGUGGGCCGACCCGCUGCUGCUGCCCACACACGUGAAAGUCCUGCCGCUGCGUUGGGGCUGCCUGCGGGUGGCGCAGGUGGUUGUGCUGGCCACGGACAAGGUGCUCGUCGUCACCGGCAACGGUGGGGCGGCGUCGCUUCGGAUGCACCUCAACCUCAUUCGUUCGUCGGCCGUGCCGCUCGCCCCGUCGUCGACCGCAAGCGCGCUCGGCGGCACCGCAACCGCAGCAGGACCGACCGCCACGCCAGGAAACGCGCGGGGCAGCGGGUCGCCCGAGAUGCAUAGUGCGAUUUCGCCGUCGCCGGAGCGGGCGGUGCCGACUUCGCACGGCGUCGUUCGUGGGGCAAACACUGGGCCGUUCUCCGCACCGGGCGCAGCUGCGCUGUUGAGCGUCGGCCGCGCUCCCCUCGGCGGCACCGACACCGGAAGCUUCGACGUAAGCGAAGAGUACGAGCGCCGUAUCGCGCCGAUACCGGCCGGCGUGAUCCCGAACAACUCCCCGUACGCCGACGGCUCCUCCACCGCCUCCAGUGUCGCGCUGCUGUGCUACGAAAACGAAGUCUUCUUGGUGCUGGGCGGACUCUUUGACAACUCCGUGGUGAUCCGCUCCCUCUCCGGCGCAGCCGGCGACGUGCGCCUGCGCGCGCACCACGGCCGCGUGACGCUUGUGGUGCGCACGGGCGACAGUCGCUACCUCGUGACGGGUGCGGAGGACACCACCUUCGCCGUCUGGUCCUGCCAGCUCCAGCCCGUUCGCCAGCAGCUGGAGGUGGAGCUGCUCUUCACCAUCUACGGCCACGAGGACAUGCCAUCUGCCGUCGACGUAAGCAGCACGCUCGACGUCGUGGCGACGGCGUCGCUGGACGGCGUGUUGAUGCUGCACUCGCUGAGCACCGGCCGUCUCGAUCGAAUCAUUCGGCACCCGCACAACGCACCCAUACACCGUGUGUUGGUGCAGACCAACUGCUACGUGCCGAACGUGAUCUUCUUAUCCAAACAAGAUGUGUGUGUCUAUCAGUACAGCAUUAACGGCGCUCCGCUGCGCACCUUUACGCCGCCUGGCCGGGUGACGGCGUGGUCUGUCACGUCGAGCCAGUACUUCCUGCUGGCCUGCCAGCCCCACCCCCACGUGCACAGCACUAACGCUUCUCCCACGAGCAGCGUCCCACGCAACUCCAACGACAAGGGCGAGACAACCGCGGCGACGCCUCAACCGCAGCACAGUGCGGUAGCUGCACCGUGCAUCUUGUACGUACACUCUUUUUUCCUGGAGGUCGUUAAGACGGUGGCCGUGCCUGCGGACCAUGUGGUGUCCAGUCUCUCGACUCACCCUUCCUAUCCGCAGGUCGUCGUUGCCGGCACGGAGACGGGCCGACUGCUCUUGCUGCGUUCUGUCACUAAAUAG